AUGGCACCAAAAAUCUUCAUCACUGGCGUUACGGGCUACAUUGCCGGGGAUGCCCUUUAUGCACUGUCCCAUGCCCACCCAGAGUUCGAAUAUUCUGCUCUGAUCAGAACGCAAGAAAAGGCGGAUGCUGUGAAGAAGGCGUAUCCCGAGCUUCGGGUUGUGCUCGGCGGCCUGGACGACUCGGAACUUCUCAAGCAGGAGGCAGCCAAAGCCAAUGUGGUGCUUCAUGCCGCGGACGCCUCCGACCAUGAAGGCGCUGCCAAAGCUAUCAUUGCUGGUCUACUCGAGGGCCACAGCAAGGAGAACCCAGGCUACUGGCUGCAUACUGGUGGCACAGGUAUUCUCUGCUGGGAGGACAUGCGCAACGGUACGCUAGGCGAGUGGUCUGAGAAGGAGUACAACGAUUGGACAGGCGUGGACGACCUCACCAACUUGCCGGACGACGCUUUCCACCGUAACGUCGACAAAGUUGUGUUGGAAGCCGGUACCAAACACGGUGACAUGAUCAAGACAGCCUUGGUCUGCCCUCCAACAAUUUAUGGAAACGGCCGUGGCCCAAUUUCUGGACGUGGUCGCCAGGUCUACGAGUUGACAAAGUUCAUCCUGUCUUCCCAAUUUGUUCCAAUCAUCGGAAAGGGCAAGGCGAGGUGGAACAACGUGCACGUUGCGGAUCUCGCCAAUGUCUAUGUUCUGCUCACAGAAGCCGCGGUGGCUGGAAAAUCAGACGAUGGGCUUUGGGGCUCGAAAGGUUACUACCUCACUGAAAAUGGCGAGCACAUCUGGAGCGAUGUUGCCCGCAGCAUAGGCAAGCAAGCAGAAUCUGCCGGCGAGGUCAGCAAAGGUCUCGAAGAACGUGCUCUUUCGCGAGACGCUGCAAUUGAGCAAGCCGGCUUUGAGGCCAUCAGCUGGGGGUUCAAUUCACGAGGAAAGGCAGAACGGGCACGUAAGCUGCUGGAGUGGAAGCCUACAGGGCGGUCGAUCGAGGAUGAGAUACCGGAGAUGAUCCGGAUAGAGAAGGAGAGAUUGAAGUCUUCCAAGUAA